CCGCGCCGGCCCCCGGCGGCGGGAUGGAGCUGCGCGCGGAGCUGACGGGCCGCGACGGGCGGACCUGGCCGCUGCGGGUGCGCUGCGAGGCGGAGGCGGGCGCGGGCGGCGAGCUGCGGGGGCUGCUGCGGGGCCUCGAGAAGCUGCAGGAGCAGGUCACGGAGCUGCUGGGGCCGCUGGUGCAGCAGGAGAGAGAGGCGGCGGGCCGCGGCGGGCCGCGCGGUGAUGUUGGGGAAGAGGAGGAGGAGGAGGAGGAGGAAGGUGAUGAAGACGAAGACGAAAACAACAUUGACGUGAAGGCGAAUGCACAUGGCCCACCUCUAAAACGGACAAAAGUUCAGCAGUCCUGACUAUGGCACGAAAGACUGUAUUUAGGCCUAAAAAGAGACUUUUCAGCUGUAUUGAAUGUAAGUGGGUUUUUUUGGACAGUGGUAGCUUAGGGAUGGGCAGAUUGUUAUUGUAAGGCAGGUGUCAGCAUUUUUGUUCCUUUUGCUUAUUUUUUAAAAAUGACCUUUUUAAACUUCCACCGCUACUUUAAAAUAGAAGCCCUAAUAAAAGGGUGUACGUUGGUAUUAGCAAUGUGGUUUUUAUAGGGAGCAAAUAUUAGGCUGAAAAAAAAUGAGAAGACUUCUCAGUGAAUCAGCUGACAUAGAUAUAAAAGACACUAAGUCUUCUGACCAUUACGUUUUGAAUGGCUUCUCCUGAAUGACAGUAUUUCUUCAUAUGACUUAAAUGAAACUAUUUUAGAAUAAACUAAUAAAAUAUGGAACCUGUUAUUUUGUCAGGUACGGUUUUAAAAUGGUAUAAGACAAACAAGACGUAUGCAGAGAAUACAGUAGCAUAAGAUCACAUGAGUAUUUAAAAAUCAGUUAAAAACGUACAGAUGUGACUCUCUUCCUGAACAAUCCUGUGGGCCUAAAAAAAUGGAAGAUUGUUUCUGCAUAUAAUAUGAAAAGUUUAUGUUAGUCAGCCAUCACCGAAGUACUUCCUGGUUAAAGGUCAUAGGCUAAGUAGAUUGAAAGAGUUGGAAAUAUUAGUCUCCAAAAAUUUUGAAUUUUGAUGAUAGCCAAAAAGCUGACAAGUCAACAUGAUUUUGAUAAUUCUCUUUUAGAUUAUUGUACAAUUAAAACACAACUGUCUAUCUUAA